CCAUCACAAGAACAACGUAGACUAUCUACCUAUAUGUAUGGACCACGUUUCUUGGGGCCUUUAGAAUCAGUAAGCAGCCUAACCCAAAGCACCCCAGGGCCUUAUGGAUCACCCGCAGGCCACCCCCAUCAGUCGGAGAGGACGGUUUGGAUGCCUGCCCCUCCUCCUUUGCUCAACUGUCCUCCCGGAUUGGAAUAUUUAAGCCAGAUUGAUCGGCUGUUGCUUCAUCAAAAGAUUGAGAUUUUAGAAAUAUUGACUGGCCUUGAAACGUGUAACCGGUACGAAAUAAAAAAUGACGCUGGUCAACGAAUGUACUAUGCACUGGAGGAGAACAACUUCUGUACCCUGUUUUGUUGGGGAGCAAAUCGGCCAUUUACCAUCAGAAUCUUCAACAACUUGGCCCAAGAAAUCAUCCAGUUGACACGGCCACUUCGGUGCUCCAGGUGUUGUUUUCCUUGCUGUUUGCAAAAGCUCGAAGUCCAGGCUCCACCUGGCACUCCCAUUGGGUAUGUUAUACAAAACUGGGACUUCUGCCUGCCUAAAUUUACUCUCCAGAAUGAAGCCCACGUGGAUAUACUUAAAAUUGUUGGGCCUUUCCUUGUUUGCAGCUGUGGGGCAGAUGUUCUAUUCGACCUGAUGUCACUGGAUGGGAAAUCGAAUGUUGGCAGAAUCUCUAAGCUGUGGGGUGGCCUCGUAAAGGAAAUGUUUACAGACGCUGAUGACAUUGGGGUCCAGUUUCCCCUGAACCUUGACAUUAAAAUGAAAGCCGUCACGCUCGCAGCCGCCUUCCUCAUAGAUUUCAUGUAUUUUGAACACAGUCACGAGAAUCGUCAGCGAAUUGUAGCUUGGUGACACACAGACUUUUGUGAAGAAAAUCCUUUACUACUUCUGGUUUUGCUCGGUCCAAUGUGAUGGCCAAGUUUUUAAAGAAGAAUAUAUUAUGUAG